AUGAAGUACUCCGUACCCGAGCGCCAUGUCUUGAGCGAGUUUCCACCACCGCCUUUUACGUUUGCAGCAGGGUUGACAGGUCGAUUGCAUGAGGUUCCUCUCAAGGCGAGGGUGGGUGGUAUUGAUGGACUCUGGAGCAGCGUGUCCUGUCCUGUCCUGUCAGGUGAACAGGUGCAGAUGCUUCGCCGCGCUUCUCGCCAGAUGGGCCAGCUGCUGCUAUUGUCACUGUUGACAUGUCAACGGCAGCUCAGCAAGCGGCAGCGGCCGCGGCAGCGGCUGCGGCAGCGGCAUUCCCCAGUCGCCCCGUGUUCUUUACCAGGUACUCCGUACACGGUACUUACACAUACCAGACCUCUUCCUGCCGGUUUGCUCGCACCAAAGCCAGCACCCCCCCCACCACCACCACCACCACCACCACCACCACCACCAAGUGACCAGAGAUGCAUCUUUUGA